UAAUAGGAAAGUCUAUAUUUGAACAAAUAUUAAGCACAUGCAAAGGAGCAUUUCACUACUUGCUACCAUUGCAGCAGGACGCAGAAUUCGUUUUAGCUUUGGUAAAUUCAAGAAUAUAUUUCUAAUAUAUUCUUUAGAAUUAUAUUUUACUUAGGAUAAACAGUGUGUCUUUAAAUAUUUUAGGAUUGUUUCCUAGCAACAGAAAUCAUAUCGGUCUUCAAUAUCUUUUUAAAGCAAUACAGCUUUUUACAGAUAUCCUAAAGCCAGACAGAUUGUUCACUUAGUAAUCAACCAUGAAUCUGAUAUUAUAUUGUGCUGUUAUAUUCUUAGCAUGUGCUUUAACCUGUCUAACAGGACCUGAGAGUGUUGCAAAUGCCAAGCCCAUUCCAAGCGACACAGAAUCGGGUAAAGGUUCAUCAGACUCAAAGAAAGAUAAAUGUUCAUCAGACUCAAAGAAAGAUAAAAGUUCAUCAGACUCAAAGAAAGAUAAAGGUUCAUCAGACUCAAAGAAAGAUAAAGGUUCAUCAGACUCAAAGAAAGAUAAAAGUUCAUCAGACUCAAAGAAAGAUAAAGGUUCAUCAGACUCAAAGAAAGAUAAAAGUUCAUCAGACUCAAAGAAAGAUAAAGGUUCAUCAGACUCAAAGAAAGAUAAAAGUUCAUCAGACUCGGAAUCAGGUGAAUUGGACAUGUGUAGCACAAGCCUUUGUAAGAAUAAUGGUACAUGUGUAGAGGCUGGAGACAAUUACACAUGCAGUUGUACUGAUGGAUUUAAAGGGAGGAACUGUGAAGAAUUGGACAUGUGUAGCACAAGCCCUUGUAAGAAUAAUGGUACAUGUGUAGAGGUUGGAGACAAUUACACAUGCAGUUGUACUGAUGGAUUUAAAGGGAGGAACUGUGAAGAAUUGAACAUGUGUAGCACAAGCCCUUGUAAGAAUAAUGGUACAUGUGUAGAGGUUGGAGACAAUUACACAUGCAGUUGUACUGAUGGAUUUAAAGGGAGGAACUGUGAAGCUGUUGAAGCAUGUCCAGAACGAUGGGUCUUAUUCAGUGGUAGCUGUUAUUUUGUUAGUGACGCGAGGCUAGAUUGGCAUUCUGCUGUUGCUGCCUGCAAUGAAAUGGGUGGAUAUCUUGUAGAGAUCCAGAGUGGACAAGAAGUGAUUUUUACGUCUUCGAUAGCUAUUCCAUAUGACUAUUUCUGGAUUGGACUGAAUGAUAUAAAGACUGAGGGCGACUUUGUAUGGCAUUAUUCAGGGGACUCAAUGUCUUUAGAUCUGCUUACUGAUCGUUCCCAGCGCCCUGGUGAUGACUGUGUUUACUCCUUUAUCUUUGAUUACCAGGCUUGGUACGAUGAAAACUGUGACUACCGACUUCUAUAUAUCUGUGAAAAGGAUGCUAAAAUAGUUUUUAGAUAACUAGCAGAGGAAGAUAACUUUUGAGGACGAAAACAGGAGCAUCUGGAAGUAUUUCACAAUAUGUCAGUGGAUUGAAAAAAAUUUCUGACAUUUUGUCAAUAUACUUAACAUCUUUGUUACUUUGUAUUCUGUUUAAUUCUAAAAAAAAAUAUUCAGUUGUUUUGUCCAAAAUCUCAAUAGUAAAAGCAUUAAAGAAUAAAAAUGUU